GGAGAUAAAAGAAGUCGAAUUCAUCAUCUAUCCAUCAAUGGAUAGUAGCUUCCCAAAUAUUAAUGUAGUGUUCUUAAUAGUGCCAUUUCCAUUGCAAAGCCACCUAAACCAGCUCCUUCGUCUCUCAAACCUCAUAAGCUCCCGUGGCUUCCCCGUUCACUAUGCUGCCUCAGUUGUCCACUGUCGUCAGGCCAAGCUCCGGCAUGAGUACACCCAGGUGAAUACUUCCAAAAUCAUAUUUCACGAAUUGGUGAUACCCCCUUUUCUAUCCCCUGACCCCUCUUCCACGGCCAAGUUCCCCCAACAUCUUUGGCCGGCGACUCAAGCCUCCAUGAACUUGCGCGAACCUGUGGCUGCGUUGCUAAGUCAACUUACUAAGGAGUUGGCAGUAGUUGAUACAACUAGAACUAGAAGUAGAAGACUGGUCAUCAUCCACGACCCCCUAUUGGCUUACGUGGUCCAGGAUGCUGCUUCUCUUCCAAAUGUCGAGUCUUAUUCUUUCAAUUGUGGCUCCGCCUUCUGCAGCUUCUGUUUUACCUGCCAAUUCUCUGGAAAACCUUUCCCACUUGAACUGAAACCGGAUGCCAUCCCAACUAUGGACAAUUGUAUCUCCCCAGAGAUCGUCAAGUUUUUUGGCCUUCAGAGUCAAUUUGAUCAUCUGGGACAUGGCAAAUUAUUCAACACCUGUCGAGAAAUUGAGGGUCCUUACCUCGACCUUCUAGCCCAAACAACAACACAUGCCGAAGAAGAAGAAGACGUUCACAAGAAGAAGAAGAAGAAGCAAUGGGCCAUUUCGCCGUUGUUUCCAAUUAUAGCUAACGACGACGAAGACAAAGCUCACCCAACCUUGGAAUGGCUGGAUAAACAACCACCAAAAUCUGUUAUAUACGUAUCAUUUGGAUCAAUAACAACCAUGAGCCAUGAACAGAUCAAUGAGCUGGCUCUAGGAUUGGAAGAAAGUAAACAGAGGUUCCUAUGGGUGUUGAGAGAUGCAGACAGAGGAGACAUAUUCAACGGUGAAACCAGAAUCCUUCCGCUCCCGAUAGGGUUCGAGGAGCGGGUGAAAGGGGUGGGGAAAGUGACGAGAGAUUGGGUUCCUCAGCUCGGGAUUCUCCGGCACCCAUCGGUUGGCGGGUUUUUGUGCCACUGCGGCUGGAAUUCAUGCCUAGAGAGCCUUACCAUGGGCGUGCCCUUGGCUACAUGGCCAAUGCACUCUGACCAGCCGCAUAACGCGUUACUCAUUACCCAUAUACUCAAAGUCGGAAUUCCGGUCAUAGGUUGGGGAGAACGCGAUCAACUAGUGACCUCGUCCGUCAUUAAGAAAAGCGUGGAAGGUUUGAUGGCAUCGAGUGAAGGACAUGAGGUUAGAACAAGAGCGGAAGAAUUGGGGAAAGUUAUCAGGCAGCAGUCAGUCCAAGGCGAUUUUCCGGAAUUGAAUUCUUUCUUAGCUUACGCUGCUAGAUGAAUGGACCGUCACCUUUUCUCUUUUUUACUAGGGAAUAAAAUCCUUCACUUGUUUAUUGGU